CAUAUCCUGUUGCUUGAGUAUUAACGAUUUUAAAAUGUUGCGUUGCCUGUUUCGACAAGCAAACUUGUGAUGAUAGUGUUAACAUUACUAGUAACUAAUUAUCUGUUAUAAUGUGAUGCUGAUGUUACCACAACAGAAAGAAAACAUUCGUUCUCCUUUUCAAGUCAAGGAACCUCCUUGCCUGAAGCCAUGCACAAAUCACUUGUUGUUUGACCAGUGUCCUGCAGGAAAUGCAAGUCAUAAGCGACCUCUAGUGGUUUCUCUCCUCUAUGCAGCUUCAUUGUUGUUCUGGGCACGAGAGUGUGCUGUGGUCUCGCGAGAGUUAAUCAACUGACUCUCAACAUCUGUGAAGUAUUGAGAUAUUCAUAAAUUCUGUCGCUGUUGCGUCAUGUAAAUACUCUUUCUUAUAAAACUGUGAUUGAUUCUAAAGGUUUAUACUAGAAAAAAGUGUAUAUUUACUAAGCAACUAAGUGAGAGUGAUGUCCUGGGCACGAGAUCACCAGGCCAAAGGUCACGUCAGAAAAACAAGUGAGGUGGCAGAAGUAGUUUGGAAGAAGGAAACGAUUUAACUUGUUGACGAAGCUAGGAUCAGAGUUCAGUUUGCAGUGAUGUAAUCUCGUGGAAGGUUUGCCAUCGCAUUUGCCGGCAAACUUUCAGUACAGUGGUGUGAUUUCUGUUCGUUCUCAGUGUAGGGCAACAGCCGCGGCGAGUGGAGAGGAGGCGGGGGUAAUUUUUGGCAACAGACCUCGGAACAUUCCAGAGAAGCCAUCAGGAAGUGGGGCAGCGAUCUUACCUGAAGGCUGUCCCCGUAAACUUUGUCCCCGUUCGUCUUCAUGGUAAGAUAACGGUACGUCAAAGGAGGGACGUCAAGACAGCGGGAAACCAGCACAUCUGGUUCUAAAGGUAGUCUAAGUCGUAGGAUAGAAGGAGCCAAAGAUUGAGCCCACCGGGAUCAGUCUGUCCUGAGAGAGCCCCCGUGGCAUAUUUACACCGAUCAUGGAAACGUUCUCAGCCAGACUUGUGUUUGUACUGCUGAUAGUCGCUACUGUUGGCUGUCAAGCCGAAAUUCACAGGGCGAAGGCACAGAGACCACAGCGAGCUCCUCCUGAGUCCACCAGGCAAGACUUGUCGGGCAGUGGGGAUGAAGCAAAACCAGAGAACGUCUGGCUGUAUUCCUUCCUGGGGUCUGUAGCAGUAGGAAUGUGUGGUGUCUUCCCAUUACUGGUCAUCCCGCUAGAAGCUGGUCCGGCGCUAAGGAAAGGAGCUCACGCUGGCAGGUUGAAGUUGAUGCUGAGUUUUGCGGUGGGGGCCCUGCUCGGAGACGUGUUCCUUCAUCUGCUGCCAGAGGCAUGGGUGCACAGGGGGGAUCCAGGGGAGGAGAAACAUGGACACAACUGGGUGGGGUUGUGGACGAUCGCUGGCAUCAUGUCCUUCCUCAUCAUGGAGAAAACCUUCACAAACACAGCAGGGGAAGACAAGGCUGACUCAGAGGAGACGUCUGAAGACCACAGGCACACAUCCCACCAGGAAAAUGGCAGUUUGCCACCUUACCAAGAUGUCAGUCAAAUCAGGAGGCGGAGUCUCCACGACAAAGACAGCAGUGGGGAUAAAAAUGGAGAGGUUUUUAAAAAUGGUGCCAUAACAUCAUCUAGUCCAGCAGCCAAUGGGAAACUAAAGCAGGAGAAUGGACCAGUGAAUCAGAGUGAGAAUAGCAGAAAUGAUAGAGACAGUGACAAUCAACCCAGUCAGCACAUCCAGAUAUCAGGUUACCUCAACCUGCUGGCCAACUGUAUAGACAACUUCACCCACGGGCUGGCUGUGGGAGGGAGCUUUCUUGUCAGUACAAAGGUUGGUGUGCUGACGACGCUGGCCAUUCUGCUCCAUGAGAUCCCACAUGAGAUCGGUGACUUCGCCAUCCUGAUGCGCGCUGGCUUCUCGAGAUGGCGGGCAGCCAAGGCACAGAUUAUCACAGCGUCUGGCGGCAUGUUUGGGACAGCGACGGCACUGUUGGCAGAGUCAGCUGAAGGAGCGGGAGACAGCACGGCCUGGAUCCUGCCCUUCACCUCGGGCGGGUUCAUCUACGUUGCCUUGGUUACGGUGGUGCCCGACCUGCUGGAGGAAACGUCAGGCUGGGAGUCCGUCAAACAGGUGGCGAUGAUGAUAGCAGGCAUCACCACCAUGGGCCUGGUGUCCUGCAUCGCAUGAUACAAACAGAACAAUCAGUAGUUGCUUUGUUCAUGCUUCUCAAUGGGCAUUUUAAAAGAGGUUUUAAUCCUGUAGUAGCUUAUAUGGAAACUGAUAGAAGACUUACAAUCUGAGCUUGACGCGCGACCUUUUUUCACAUUGUCAAAGGUGACAUAAUGUGAAGGACCUUGUCUUUAGGGGGAAAUAAAACAUAAGAUAACUUUACAAUUUCCAUAAAUUGCCAAAGAGGAAGACAGGAAUUUGUAUCAUUGAUCUUUCAAUGUCUAACUAUAAAGGCCAUGAUGUGCCAUAAGUGAAAAGUCAGGAAACAGUGAUUUUACAAACUCAGCAUCAGCAGAACACGUUUUUGCUGACAGCAGUAGAAAGUUGCACACACACGUGUACAAGAAUAUGCUUCGUGUGUUCAGGAUUUCAAGCCAUGUCUAAGAUGUCACGCUAUUUUUGUCACCACAAUGUGUGGAGAACAUCUGCAGUGGUAUGUUUCUGCAAUGCAGAUUUUUAGAACUGGUGCAAAGCUCCAUGGUUCACUAGCUCUAGAUGUAUGUUACGGUAGGAUCAGCAUAUUUGGUAGUUCUGGGAACAGUAUGUAGCUCUGGGGUGGGAGCAGCUUUUGUGGAAAUAGGCAAGCCAAGCUGCUGUGGUCUUCUCAAACUAAAGUGCAAUUAUACUCUCCAAAAAGACUAUUAUAUAUUUUGCUUACUGUGAUAAACUUGUAGUGCACUUAGGAUGGAUACUUCAGGCUGCCUCAAACUUGUUCCUGAUGCGGAAGAGUUCAGUGUGCAUCGGUCAUGUUUGCAAGAGGUGGGGCUAUCUCUCUGGUGUCUAUCACAUAUUACAUGCCUGGCUGUUACAUUAGUAUCUGAUGAUCACAAAUGAGAAAUAAACACAACUCUUCUUUUGAAUUGAUUAAGCUAUUUAACUGCAAGAUAUGUAAAUUAAAGCUAUUUUAACAGUAUGGGUAUGUUUUUGUAUGUUUGUGAUUUAGAGGAAGAAGGACCUAUAGAGGAAGGGUGAUUUCCAUGUUAUUAAUCAUGCUGGUGUUUUUUGUGUCCUAGCUUGCUUUUUUUUAAUCUGUGAUGGGAACACAAUGAUAAGGUGCUUAGACCAUACUAAAUUUAGUAAUGUCCAACUACUAUUCUAUUGUAUGAUAUUUAAUGCUUCCAAUAUUUUGGGUUUCAUAGGGAUGUGUUUGGAAAGGAUGCAGUAAAGAAUGCCAGACAUGAAAUUUGUACCAAUAUAGCUGUAACUAAGUUGAUGGUAUUGUGCUCAUUAAUUUGUUACUCAUAGGACAAUCUGAUAUUUUUUUUGUUGACAUUUAAAAAGACUCAAAACUGAUUGUAUGCAAAUGCAGUAAGCUAACAAGAGGGGGUGUAUAUUUUUGCUAGACUCAACUGAAAAUUAACAUCACUUAUUGUGACAGGAAACGAAAUGUCAUACAUCAUGUAGUUUACUAAUAUCUGGUAAACUGGUAACCUUGUACCAUAAGCUGGUAGACGGAAAAUGGGGCAUAUGAUGAGAAGGUCACCUUUUAAAGAAUUCUGCAGGUGCUGCGGAGCUUCCAACUUGUGUGCUCCACACUGACAGCUUUUAUCUGGUAUCAGGUCUGUACAUGUGCAGUUAAAACAGUCCACUGAGGCAUUCACAGAUCUAUUUUUCCUCUGGGUUGUAAUAAUAAGACUGAGAAAUAAAUUAAUGCUAUUUAAUCAAUAAGUGUCAGUGGGUGCUUCUUGUAUCUUGUUCCUUUCAUAUUAUGUAAUGUUAUCUUAUGUAAGGUAUCUUGGACAAUAAGAGAUUUGCCAUUACAUGAUGCUGUCAGUGUCGCACAUUGAUGUAGUGUAGGAGUAUACACAUGUAAACUGUUGCAAACUUACGGUCUCACGACAUCUAGCAUGUAUUGAUGGUACUGCAGCAUGUUUACAUUGCAAGCUUAACUCGGUUUCUGCUCACAAAUAUCCAACCAAAAACACUGAUUUAAAUUAAGGCAAAGGCAUGGAAAUAAAAUCUUGAUCACAACUAGCCCAGAUUCUUACAUUUGCGUUGUGUGGUCGAUUUGAAGUCGCCAGGGGAACUGUUUGAUGGGCCAUUUACCAGGCUAUCAACUAGACCUAGUACACACAAAAAACACUCAGACGCAUGAAAACCCACCAACAUUGGGAUAACUUAAUCAUAUUGGUUACAUCAAUACAUUGAAAAUGUUAAUUCCUUUUCAUAUUGGCCAUGAACAAUAUGUACAUUUCUUGGAAAUAAUAAAAGCAAAGCUAUACUUAAAUAGUAAAUGUUACGUGACAUCUGAGACUGGCAAACGAUAUGCAAAAAAAAUGUGAUCUUCACUUUUCUUAGAUUUAAAGCCUUUAAACUUAAUGUUAAACUAAUAUAAAUGUGUUACUAAACAUGUCAGCUUAUGCCAAAGUUUUUCAACUUUUACACUAAAUUGCAUCAUUAAUAAAUUGAAUCCACAAAAACAGCAGCAUUCCAUGUUUCAAUAUAGAUCAAGCACCCAACUCCACAAAAUAUUAAUGAUUUCAUGAUCAGAGGCAAGAUGAAAAAAA